GCGGACGAAGGGGAGGGGGCGCUGGCAGGCUCCGCGCAGGCGCGCGCCGCUCUGCUGGGCACGGCUUGGCACGGGCGUCUUUCCCUCGCUCUGUCUGAGCGACCGGGCUUCUACAGCUGUAGAGGCGCUCAGCAGCACCAUGUUCCUCCACUCAGUCAACCUCUGGAACCUGGCGUUCUAUGUCUUCAUGGUGCUUCUGGCGACCCUGGGGCUGUGGGAUGUCUUCUUCGGCUUCGAGGAGAACAAGUGCAGCAUGAGCUACAUGUUUGAGUAUCCCGAGUACCAGAAAAUAGAACUCCCAAAGAAACUGACAAAACGCUAUCCAGCCUAUGAACUAUAUCUUUAUGGAGAAGGGUCGUACGCUGAAGAACACAACAUUCUCCCUUUGACAGGAAUUCCCGUUCUCUUCCUUCCUGGUAAUGCUGGCAGUUACAAGCAAGUCCGCUCUAUUGGCUCCAUUGCACUUAGGAAAGCAGAAGACAUUGACUUCAAGUACCACUUUGACUUCUUCAGUGUGAACUUCAAUGAGGAGCUGGUGGCAUUGUACGGUGGGAGUCUCCAGAAGCAGACCAAGUUUGUGCACGAAUGCAUUAAAGCGAUCCUCAAACUCUACAAGGGUCAAGAAUUUGCUCCCACAAGUGUGGCAAUAAUUGGUCAUUCUAUGGGUGGCCUCGUUGCCAGAGCACUGCUUACACUGAAAAAUUUUAAACAAGAUCUGAUAAAUCUUCUUGUUACACAAGCCACUCCUCAUGUGGCCCCUGUAAUGCCGUUAGAUCGUUUUAUUACGGAGUUUUAUAUGACUGUGAACAACUAUUGGAUUUUAAAUGCUCGGCAUAUAAAUUUGACUACACUUUCUGUAGCUGGAGGAUUCCGGGAUUACCAAGUCCGUUCAGGACUGACUUUUCUACCAAAAUUAAGCCAUCACACCAGUGCCUUAUCUGUUGUGAGUUCAGCAGUACCUAAGACCUGGGUUUCAACAGACCACCUUUCCAUUGUGUGGUGUAAACAAUUGCAGUUGACUACAAUCCGAGCAUUCUUUGAUCUUAUUGAUGCUGAUACCAAACAAAUAACUCAAAAAUCUAAGAAGAAAUUGUCUGUGUUGAGUCACCAUUUUAUAAGACACCCAGCUAAGCAGUUUGAGGAAAACCCAUCAAUAAUUUCUGACCUAACAGGGACAUCUAUGUGGGUUCCAGUGAAAGUAUCCAGGUGGACCUAUGUGGCUUAUAAUGAGUCUGAUAAGAUUUAUUUUACAUUUCCUCUUGCAAAUCAUAGGAAAAUCUACACUCAUGCCUAUUGUCAGAGCACUAUGCUGGAUACAAAUAGUUGGAUUUUUGGCUGCAUAAACAGCACAUCCAUGUGCCGGCAAGGGGUUGAUUUAUCAUGGAGAGCUGAAUUGCUGCCAACAAUUAAGUCUCUGACGUUAAGGCUUCAGGAUUAUCCAUCCUUGUCGCAUAUUGUCGUCUAUGUUCCAUCUGUCCAUGGAAGCAAGUUUGUCGUAGACUGUGAAUUCUUUAAAAAAGAAACAAGAUCCAUACCACUUCCUGUAACUCAUCUUUUUUCCUUUGGAUUGACUUCAAGGAAGGCGAUAUUAAAUACAAAUGGCCUGUACUACAAUAUAGAACUUCUGAACUUUGGACAGAUAUACCAAGCUUUUAAAGUCAACGUGGUAAGCAAGUGCUCUGGAGGCAAAGAAGAAAUAACUAGUAUCUAUAAACUUCAUAUUCCCUGGUCUUAUGAAGAUUCCCUAACCAUUGCACAGGUUCCAUCUUCCACAGAAAUUUCUCUGAAGCUUCACGUUGCUCAGCCGGAAAAUGACAGCCACGUGGCGUUGUUAAAGAUGUACACGUCGUCAGACUGUCAGUAUGAGGUGACAAUUAAGACUUCUUUUCCACAAAUACUUGGACAGGUAGUUAGAUUUCAUGGUGGAGCUCUUCCUGCCUACGUUGUAUCUAGCAUCCUUCUUGCUUACGGAGGACAGUUAUAUUCACUCUUCUCAACAGGCUAUUGCUUAGAAUAUUCAGUCAUAUUGGAUAAAGAAGCCAAACCAUACAAAGUCGACCCAUUUGUAAUUAUGAUUAAGUUUUUGUUGGGGUAUAAAUGGUUUAAGGAGUUAUGGGAUGCAGUAUUAUUACCUGAAUUAGAUGCCAUCGUUCUAACUAGUCAGAGUAUGUGCUUCCCUCUUGUAUCCUUGAUUCUCUUUCUGUUUGGAACAUGUACUGCAUACUGGAGUGGUCUACUGUCUUCUACGUGUGUGCAGCUUUUUUCUUCACUGUGGCUAGCUCUGAAACGACCAGCUGAACUUCCUAAAGACAUCAAGGUGAUGUCACCAGACUUGCCUGUUUUGACAGUUGUUUUUCUCAUAGUGAGUUGGACAACUUGUGGAGCGCUUGCCAUACUUCUGUCUUAUGUAUACUAUGUGUUUAAGGUGGUUCAUCUGCAAGUCAGCCUAAUGACUUUUAGAAACAACCAGCCAGUGAAUCCCAAACACUCUCGAAGAAGUGAAAAAAAGUCCAACCACCAUAAAGACUCUUCAGUACAAAGUCUUCGCCUGUCUGCUAGUGAUGCUGAGGACAGUCUGCGCAUGCAUGCCACUGUGAUUAACUUGCUGACGUGGGUGGUACUGCUCAGCAUGCCGUCUCUUAUCUAUUGGCUAAAGAACCUUAGGUAUUAUUUCAGACUUAAUCCUGACCCAUGUAAACCCCUGGCAUUUCUCCUUAUUCCAGCUAUAACGAUUCUUGGAAAUACUCAUACAGUUUCAGUAAAGUCAAGUAAAUUGCUGAAGACUGCCUCACAGUUUCCACUUCCUCUGGCUGUUGGUGUGAUUGCUUUUGGCUCCUCCCACUUAUACAGGGUUCCAUGUUUUGUCAUCAUUCCUCUUUUAUUCCAUGCAUUAUGCAACUUUAUGUAAGACUGGACUUAAAGAACGAUAGAAACGAUUUAUGCCUUUAGGACCAUUGACACAGUGAACACAGCUCCACCAACCGGAACAGUGAGGUCCUUCGGAGAAGACAAGUCUAUUUUUACAGUGUUGGAAAUAGGAAAUUAGUUUUGUAAUGCUUGAGGAAAGUAGUUGAAGCAUGGUUUCAUUUUGUGAUGUAGCAUCUGUGUACUCGUCAUACCUGAGUAAUUAGUGAAGGGGACUCCUGUACAUACCGACCUGCUCCGUCAGCCCUG